AUGUCAUCAGUUUACACUUCGGCGCGUCAUAGGCUGCUAUCUCGAGGAGCAGUAUAUAAGGCUCUCCCCAGAGCACCUCCAGUCUGGACUCGACAAUUCCACAUUCACAAUCAUACCUUCAUCCAACAAAAGAAUAUUCUCCCGAUUAAAUCACUCCAAAAACGAUCUGUAUCAUCAACCGCGAAAAUGGGCGCAGAAACUAAUAACGAACAAUUCAAGCUUGAGAAUUUGUUCAAUGUCAAGGGGAGAGUUGCCCUCGUCACCGGCGGCGGCUCAGGGAUCGGUCUAAUGGCCGUGCAAGCCCUAGCCGUCAACGGCGCAAAAGUCUACAUUGUCGGCCGCACAAAAGAGAAACUCGACCGCGUUGCUGAACUGUAUUCAACCGGCCGGAAUGGCGAGGGACAAAUCAUCCCUAUUGUCGCUGACGUCUCCAGUAAGGACGAUAUUGAUCGAUUGGUAUCCGAAUUCAAGGCCAAGGAAGACCAUCUCUCUAUUCUGAUCAACAACGCUGGAAUUUCGGGAGAAGCCCGUCAUGAUACCGAGCGAGAGCAUCCGGAGGGUCUUAAGGAGACUCUAUUUGACAACAACGCAGCUACAAUCGAAGACUGGACUAGCGUGUACAGGACAAAUGUUGCUCAACUAUACUUUAUGAGCUCUGCAUUUUUGCCGUUCUUGCAAAAGGCAACUGAUACAAUCCCCGGCUUCAGCAGCACAAUCUUGAAUAUUACCUCCAUCUCUGGAAUUGUCAAAUCCGCUCAACAUCAUUUUGCAUACAAUGCCUCCAAGGCUGCUGCCAUCCAUCUCACAAAGAUGCUCGCAUACGAAAUCAGUUCUUCAGGCCUGAAAAUCAGAGUUAAUAACAUCGCGCCUGGUGUUUUCCCUUCUGAGAUGACGGCGCAGGAAAGUGAUGAGAAGCAAAAGAGUGAGUUGCCAAAGGAGAAGUAUGAGAAUAAGGUUCCGGCCAGGCGGCCGGGCAAUGACAGGGAUAUGGGAAGUGCAGUCUUGUUUGCGGCUACGAAUCAGUAUUUGAAUGGGCAGACGGUGGUUGUUGACGGCGGGUAUGUGUUGGCUACUGGGACUGUUUAA